GCUUUCACACGUUCCUGAGGACAGAGCUUGCUAGAAGUCUUAACCAACUCUAGGCUUGAUUCCAAGAGAACUAAUCACAUCUUCAUAAUUCAGCGCAGAGCCUCGGUGGAAUUGUUCCAGGACACUGCUCAGCUCUGGCUGAAGCUGGUGCUAGAGACUGAACCUAGGACCUCAGAGCCUCAUACAUAAAACCUUACCAGACUGCAUCUUGUUUCCUGGGAGUGAUUGAUUACCUGAUCACCUACAAGGAUGAAAUCUUCUAAGUUCCUCGGCAAGAUGAUCAUCUUCACCUUGUUGCUUUCGGUAUCUUGUGGGCAAAGUCCAAUGUCUGUCCUGUGCUCCAUAGACUGGUUCAUGGUUUCUGUACAACCUCUGAUGCUGAAUAACCAUGUGUAUAUACAUUUCCAUGAGCUGCUCAUGGGUCACGGUUGCCCUGCCACCUACGUUCAGCCACAUUCCUACCAGUUCACUUACCGUGUUACUGAAUGUGGCAUCAGGUCUAAGGUAAUCUCUCAGGACAUGAUUCUCUAUAGCACCGAAAUGUACUAUAUUUCAAAGGGCACCUCAUCUAGGUUUGUGAUCCCACUGUCAUGUACUGUCCCUCAGAAGUCCCCAUGGCUCACUAUGCCCAGCCCCAUAGAAGAAGCUAGUGGGACAGGGAUAGUAACUCAGAAUGGUGAGACAUGUUAUGAAGUGUUCACAUUAUCCCAGUGCAGGGAAAGAUCCAACUGUGAUUGUCCACCCUGUGUCUUCAAUGGAGGGCUGGCCCAGGCUCAACCUCACCAAGAAGAGACUGAGCCAUUCUCUUCUUUUGUUGAUGUUUCCAGGGACUGGGUGCUUCACUCAGAUGAUCUGAUUGAGCCCAUGUGAAGUCCAGGCUGGGGGCCUGUUUUGAAAAGGUUGUCAAUAUGUUAUAUUGUCAGAAAAGAACUGUGCUUGUGGUCUUCUUUUGAGCAAUGGCUGCACAUGGUACCCAUGAAGAAGGCUUUUGUUAUUCUUUUUUUUUAUUCUUAUAUUGAAAAAUA